AUGACAGACACAGUUAUAUUUCGUUCACAGGGCGAAGACAAGCCAGGGGAGAUACAGGGUCAAGACAGGUCAUGGGAAAGACAGGGUCAAGGCAGGUCAUGUGGGAUACAGGGUCAAGAUGUGUUAGGAAAAUUGGAGAACAUUCCAGAGAGAACACAGGAGGAUGUCUGUGUAGGAGGCAGGCUGCAGGUGGAAGAGAGGUGUAGGCGGGUGUCUCGGAGUGGAAGAGAGUCGAGGCCAGUGAAGGAAGGUGACAGCUCGGGGGAUACACGGGAGGAGAGUAUGUCCGAGAAAUCGUACAGCAUCAAAACUUCAAUCAUGGGGGAGACUUACUAUGAACAGGUGGUGGUACAGAGGACUGAGGUACGAGGAGACACAUAUCUUAAGACAGCUGGGGUCAAGGGACUAGACAGGAAACUAGAAUCUGACCAGAGAGCUUAUCUGAAAGACGACAGGCGACUUGGGCCGAGUGGGGACAGUCAUAGGCCACUGAAACUGAACACUAACUUUCCAAGUGAUGUAGACUAUGCUCAGGGCUUAGUAGCGCCAAGAAACAAAUAUGAGUUUGACGAUGAUGAAUACCCGGUAGAUAAUCCCAUUUGUUUUACAGGUAUGACACAAAACAUACAACAGCAUGCUACACCAGAUGAAGCUGCAAGGGAAGAGUUCUUUCACCAGGGGCAUAGAGAUGUGUUAGGAGGGAUGCAUGAGGAUUAUUUCUUGGAAGAAGACGAGGGAUUCUUUUGUGAAGUCGAGGAAAAGUGCCCAUACGAUCCGCAUUACUUUUAUUCAGUCGAGGAAACAAAAGUGAUUUGCACAUUAGGUUUUGAAGGUUUUGCAUUUGAUCAAGCAAAUGCAAAUUUCGGGGAAACCCAAGGUGAUUAUGUGCCUGAUCAGGUAAGAGAUUACGAAACCUCUCGAGAAGUGCCAGGCCACACUUGCGAGGGAGCAAGUGGUGGCACUGCAUUCUUAGAAACAGAAAGACACCAAAGAGAGGAAACCAGAUUAAGUGACUUUUAUGAAGAUACACAGGAACAGACAAGAAAAAGUCAUAUGUAUUUGGAAGUACAAGGAGAAUACAUGGUGGAGGAAUCCAGAGGACAUGAAUGGCUUGGACAGACAGAUGAAGCUUUGACGGAAGAAGCACAUGUAACGAUGCUAGAAGUUAUCAGAAAAGACAUCUCGGCAAGAUCUCUAGACAGUAGUCGGAUAGAAAGACUCGCGGGAGAUUGCAUACAAGAGGAAGCACAAGCAAAGAGAAUGCUAGGCGAAGCAGAGAGAGGCACAGAGGACUCUUUGUCUGCUGAAAAUGUUAGUAAGCUAGGAGGGGAUCAGUGGGAUAAUAUGCUAGAAGGAGAACAGAGGCAAGAAGAAAGAAGAAAAGAGGAAGAAAGGCCUCAGUUCUUAUUAGAAGACGAGUUAGUCUUGGAAGAACAGAGGCAACAAGUAGAGCUAAGGCACCAGGUGCUAGGACUGCAAGAACAGAAUCUCAGUUCUUGUGGAGUAAUGCAGGGAAGGGACACACCAGAGGAUUCGCACAAUACACAUUUCUUUGAGUAUGUGUCUGAGGACAAGGAUUUAGGUGUAUAUAGGGAUAUGAUUGGAACACCACCGGAAUUUCUAGCUGUAGAAGAUAUGCAAAGGGAAACAAUGUUAGAAAGAGAGAGGUUGGAGGUAGAGAUAAAAAGAGCGAACUCGAGCAGUAAUUCAGAGGAAGUAAAGGAAUACAGAAAGUUAGAAGAAGAGAAAUAUGUAUUAGAGGAAGCAGACAAUUUGACGUGUGAAGGAGUUAGGACUAGGAUUCAUAGAGACGAAGCUGAAUUGUCAGAGGAAAUGAGGGAUUCAAGGGAAUUAGGACUUGUACAGGAAGACAGGGUAUUAGAUCAGGCUGAAAGGGAAGAAAUCGAUGUUCAAGAAACCCAAGAGUUCAUAGGAUUAGAGCAGGGAAGAGGUGAAAUGUCAGAAUUAAGGGAAGAAAAUGAAGAUAAGAUAGCUGAGGAUCAGGUAGAUGUACCGCUCGCACCAGAGCAAUUAGAUCAUGGAGACUUAGUUUUGGGCAGAGAAAUGGAUCCCCAGAUGGAGGAGGAGCGGGGGCAUUAUGACGUACUGCAGUCAGAUGAGGCGUUAGAGUACGAGGGAGAAUAUUCAGUUGAGGAAAUUCAGGAAGAAGACAUACAAGAAGCACAAGGAGAUGAUGAAAUUGAUGAGCCAGGAAAUUGUUUGCCAGAUACAGAUGAGGGAAGGCACUUGGUGUAUGAGGCACAUCCAGAAUCCACAUUAGAACCUAGGCAGGGAGAACACUUUAGGAAGGAGACAAAGGAAAUAUACAAACCAGGGACUGACUUAGAAGGGUGCUUAGUGAAAGAGGUGCAGGACGAGAAAGCUGCUCAGGAGGAGGCAACUCAAAAUUGCUUAUUAAAGGACGCUGGUGAGGGAGACUGUUUGGUAAAGGAGACACAUGAGGAAUAUGUAACUGAAUCUGCAGAGGCACAAUAUAGUGGACAGGAAACAGAAGAAGAAUAUGCAUUAGAGAUUACACAGGAAAGGAACCUGAUGAAAGAGAACAUAGCAAUGGUACGAGAAGAGUGCGACUCAGUGUCUGAAGAAGGCGAGUACUUACCAGAUUCAGAGCAAGAUGAGUUACCAGAUUCUGCACAUAGCAAGGACAUCUCAAAAUCUGCACAGGGAGAAUACCAAGCAGAGUAUGCACAGGAACAGAACUUGCCGGUGGCUGCACACGGAGAGGAUCUGGUUGAAAGGAAACAUGUGGUAGACGAAGCACAAGGCAGGGACUUGGCAGAAGCGGAGGAUCUGAGAGAUGAGACGCAAGGAAAGCUCUUAGCAGAUGCACAAGAAAAGGAAACAUCGGAGGUGGAAAGAGAGGUCCUGAUAUCUGAGACACCGGAGAAGCCAUUGGAAAAAGCUCAUGAAAAUUGCAUUACAGAUCAACCAAAGGAAAUAUGCACUUCAGAAAUAGCAGAGGAAAAUGUCAUAGCUAGAGAAAUCCAAACAGAAUCGAUUUCCGAACAGGCUGAGAGGGAGUACAUGUUAGAAGAGUUGCAAAAAGAUGAAGGGUCAGAAGUGGCACAAAGGGAAAACAGUUCUUCAGAUGAAUAUGAUGUUGAAGACCUUGCAAGAAAUGAAACGAGGCUUCUUCCGGAAGUUGAGAGAUCAGUUGAAGCUCAGGGAGCAGAGGAACCGAAGGGUAUACACGGCGAAAGAGACAGAAUGCUACCAGCAACUGAAAAACAAGAGUAUGUAGAUAAACAAAACGAACAGAAAUACACUAAUAAACCAACAGCAGGGCUAGAAAUCCAUGCAAUAGGGGCAGAUGUCACAGAGGAAAUGAGAAUGUCAGAGGAAAUGAAAGUUGAAGAGAAUAGAGAAGUCAUAGUUAGGACUGAGGGGUUAGUUGAGAUUAAGGAUCAAGAAUGUGAAAAUAUUUUGGAAUUGGAGAAGGAAGGCAGGUCGCGGGAAGAGCAGAGUAAAGAUGAAGAUGAUGAGAGAACAGACGAGUCAAGCCAUAGAGCAGGAGAGGCGAAGGAUUCUGAACACGCAUUUGAGAAGAGAGAUGACAAUAUCUCUAGGGGGUUAGAGGGUGUAUAUAUAGUUGAUCAGUACAAGGACAAGGGCGAAAGUGAGAUGCGUGAAAAUAUGACAAAAGAGGAGAAUAAAGAAAGGUCACAGAGAAGGCCAGAAGGGGAAGAUUCAGUUCUCACAGCAGAAAGUGAGGGAGAAUCUGGAGCAGAGGAAGGACGAAGCUACAGUUCAGAGGAGGAAGGGGACUACGGCUCGGAGAGUGAACCAGUUGAACCUGGGUCUCUGGAAGGGAAUCAGAACGGAGGAGAGGGAGGAUGUAAACAAGAGGAAGCAGUGAAAAGAGAAUCAGAAUCUGAAGAGGAAGAGGGAAAAGAUGUGACAGAAGAAACGGACAGUUCGGAGGAAGGAGAGGUUGACUGUGGCUCAGGCCAACACGUAGACGUUGCUCAAUUGACUGAAGAAUAUAUGGAAGUUGAAGGAGACAGUCGACAGCCAACAGUAUCAGAAGAUGACACCUUCGAAACGGGGGAAGAGCUAUCACUUGAAAACAGGGAAACGUGA